AUGAAGAAAAUAAAUGUUAAAGUCUGAAACGCACAGGAUUUUGGCUCCAGUAUUGUGUUUGUCCUACAAAGAGACUCCUUAAUUGUCUUGUUUCAUCUGCAUAACUCUUUGAUACUAAGUGUACUCUCUGUACCUGUUACAUGGUGUAACUUUCUUGAAACUGUGAGUACUGAGAAGAUGUAACUGGAAUGGCACUGCAUAGUAAGAUUUAAUAACGUUGUCUGUUGUUGAGUAUACUUUACCUUCUGUGCUGAAGAGAAAUAUUUCCGCUUUCCUGGCUGUAGCAUCUCACUGCUUUUUCAUGGCGAGCAUCAUGGAGGAAGCUCAGAAGAGAGCUUAUUGCUCUACAGCUCCCUGAAAGGUUGUGGUGAGUUGGUGGUCAGCCUCUUCUCCCAGGUAGCAGUGAUAGGACAAGAGGAAACGGCCCUCAAGUUGCAUCUGGGGCAGUUCAGGUUGGAUAUUAGGAAAAAUUUCUUCUCAGAAGGAGUGGGCAGGCACUGGAGCAGGCUGCCCAGGGAGAGGGUGGAGUUACCGUUGUUGGAAGCCUUGAAGAAAAAGGUUUAGAUGUGGGACUUAGGGACAUGGGUUAGUGGCAGUAUCUGUGGUAGGUGGAUGGUUGGACUACCAGAUGAUCUUAGAGAUCUUUUUGAACCUUAAUGAUUCCAUUUGAAUUACUAUGCCUUAGUGACUAGAAUGCUUCUAUAUGCUCCCUAAACCCUGACAGACUUCUUCAGAGUACUGGUGGUGGUUGGAGAAAACUGAAUGUAAAGUAGUACAGGGCUCCUCGAAACACUUUGUAGGCUUUGAAAAUCCUCACGUGCAGUUUAUUCCUUCCUCACAACCAUCUCUUCCAAUGCCCAGUUUGUAGCAGAAGGUUACAAAUUGUAUCCUUGUAGCAGAAGGCGUUGGGCAGGUGGUGUGUGCAACCUGUGAGACCUUGGUUAAGGUAAGGAGGAACCAUAGUUUAUGUGGUGGCAGGAGCACCAGGCAGAGGACAGCUGCAGCGCGUAUUCAAGGGAGGAGGUCGUGCCACGGCGCUUGUCCCGUUCCCGCCCCCCUGUGCUUGCGGUGCUGCUGGGAAGGCGGUACCAACAUGGCGGCCGGCGCUGAAGGGGCAGCGGGCGCGGGGUCGGGCGGGCUGGCUCUGCUCGGCGCUGUGCCCGGCGCUCCCUGCUGCCCGCACGGUCCUGCUCUCCUGUUCGUGAAGACCAGCCAAGGAAAAGAGGAGGGGAGAAGAUUCUAUGCUUGUUCGGCUUGUAGGGACAGAAAGGAUUGUAAAUUCUUCCAGUGGGAGGACGAGAAGGUAUCACAAACUAGACUUGCAGCACGUGAAGAAUAUAAUAGAAGUCAUCAGCCGCCUUGUACUCACAAACAGAAUGUGGAAAGGUACAAGAAUUUUGUUCUGUUGCCUUUAUCAAAGAGGAGGUUUUGUCAGGAAUGCCAGCAAUUGCUAUUGCCAGAUGAAUGGGAAAAACACUUGAGUCAUCAGUUCCUGUGUGAUAUCUCCACUGCCCAGUUAAGAAGUCCCAGUCAACUUUUGUAUCCACUAGAAAAUAAAAAAACAAAUGCACAGUAUUUAUUUGCAGACAGAAGUUGCCAGUUUCUACUGGAUCUUAUUAUUUCACUAGGAUUCAGACGAGUGCUAUCUGUUGGAACACCUAGGCUUCAUGAAAUGAUCCAGUCAAAAGCUUUACAAGAAGAAAACUUCAGGGUUAGAAGCCUUCUGCUAGAUAUUGACUUCAGGUAUUCACAAUUUUACACAGAGGAUGAGUUCUGCCACUACAACAUGUUUAAUCAUUAUUUUUUUGGUGGAGAGGCUGCACAUGAAACUUGUAGGAAAUUCUUACAUGAAGAGAAAGAUGAAAGAGUAAUUAUGGUGGCUGAUCCCCCAUUUGGAGGUUUAGUGGAAGCACUGGCUUCUAGUUUUAAAAAACUGAUGGCAACAUGGAAGGAUACAGAAAAAGGAGGUAAUAAGAACCAAGAGAUGCCCAUGUUCUGGAUAUUUCCAUACUUCUUUGAAUCCCGUAUUCUUGAAUUUUUCCCAAGCUUCAGUAUGAUGGAUUAUCAGGUAGAUUAUGAUAAUCAUGCUCUAUAUAAACAUGGUAAAACAGGUCGCAGACAGUCCCCUGUCCGUAUCUUCACGAAUCUCUCCCCAAGUGUGAUUGUACUUCCUGCAGAAGAGGGCUAUAGGUUUUGCGCUAUCUGUCAGCGCUAUGUUAGUUCUGGCAACCACCACUGUGAAAUAUGCAAUUCAUGUACAUCAAAAGAUGGCAGACGGUGGAAGCAUUGUGUUCUUUGCAAGAAAUGUGUGAAACCCUCUUGGUUUCACUGUAACAAAUGCAACUGUUGUGCUCUGGAAAAUCACACAUGUGAGAAGAUUGAUGUAGGCUGCUUUGUUUGUGGCAAGGCAGGUCACAAACGCAGCACCUGUCCCAGCCUCUCCUGCACCAGAACAUCUCGCCAAGCUGGCAAAGGCAGAAAACAAAAGCAGAAAACCUUAAAAACUCUAAAGAGGGCAAAGGUGGGGGUCUGUAACAGAUGGGCCAUGAAGCACGCCGUGUUCUCCAGGAGGAAAAUGAAGAAGAAGAAAAAAGACGAGACUACUUGAUACAAGAUUAUUCAAGAGAUUUUUUUUACGGCCAGCCUUUCUAAAAAUGCUAAUACCAACGGAAUAAAGCCUGAUCUAAUUGAAA